CAGCAGCGAGGUGCGGGCAGUCUGCGCACGGACAUCGAUCGAAGCUCACGUUUCAUUCCACUCCCCGAAAUUCCCGGUGUUUUCCUUUCGAUUCCUCGACACCUCGCGCUCGCAGUCGCAAUCGAAUCGACGCAAUUCGAUUUGUCAUUUCGGGAACCAUCGUGCCGCGUCGUGCCGUCUCAUCUCGUCGAGCCGCGUCUCGUGUUUUCGUUCGCAUUUACAAGUGGUGACAUUUGGUGUGCCCUCUGAGACAAGGAUUGAAAAAUCGUGACUGAUCGCAACUUGUGCUGGACUUUGCCAAUCGUCGUCCGUUUACCCCCCUCCGUUCCGCGAGUACUAUUACGCUACGGUGUUUGACUUCGUUAGGUUCGCCGACGAUCCUUCUCCCCUAUGAUUACUGUCACUUCAAUAAAAAAGACACUGACAUUUAUUACCAGAGUAAAUGUAGGACAAGAACACCUAUUAAAGAUGCUAUAAACUGCUGGUUAUUGGAUUUCCUUCGAAAUAGAAGUCAGCUUACGGAACGAUGUUUAAACGGCUAUCAAAGUCUCGGCGUCAUAGCGCCGACGACGUCGCCCUUUCGUUAUCCAGCCCGUCGACUCUGGACGAGCCGCCGGGGACGUCGACGUCGACGUCGCCGUCGCGGGAGAACUGUCAGAACAUCAGCCCUGCCGCCCUACUGAGGGUUUCGAGGACGAAGUACAGCAGGAGAAGCUGCGGCGACGCGAGCGCGAUGCAAGCGUUGCUCGCCGCCAAACCGGAGCAGGAGCAGGACGUCGCCGAUGCCGAUUACCAAAUGGUCACCGCUGUCCCUGCCUUCAUCGUCGAACAUGAGCCCGAGAAACACCGAGGCUCGAGUUUUGGAGUUUGGGGGCGCAGGAUGAGUAAAAAGAUAGAUUCAUUCCGGCGGGCUGGUUCCCGUGAAACGAUUUGCUCUAUAUCGGAACGAUCCGAUAGCGGGAGCAACAACAACAACUGCACCAUCAGUAACAACAACAACAACAACAACAACAACCGUCACGUAACAUCGAAAAUGGACCAAUCAUUGCCAGAUUUCAAGCUAGAGACUAAACAAGAGAAGAGAAUACCGAGCACGUUUCAUAGAUCACCGUCCCCCUUCAAAUCUUUUUUCAUCCGCAUGGGUUCCACGGGGAUGCUGAACUCGGCGAAAAGUAGCAGGCGUUCGCAAAAUGUUGACGACAGACUGAAAACUUCCGAGAAGGAAAAUCUGUUCAGAAGCUGCAGCACGAGUCAGCUGAACACCAGUCCGACCUACGUGAAAGGCGACGAUCCUUCGGAAGGGAUUGAUCUCCAGAUAUCCAGCCGCAAGGACAAGACAGUGUCCUGCGACGAUCUAGCCCGUCAGAACGUCGACGCGUUCGACGACCAUUUGACCGACACCACCGCGUCCCUCUAUCCCCUUGGAAACCCGUCGGUGACGAGCUUCAGUUCGUGCGACUUCGAACACACGAGAAACGAAUCGCCGAUGAGGAAGAGCAACAGCUGCGACUUCAAAGAGGCGAAGAAGUCCAGCUUUCCGUACGCUUUUCUACGAUCGAAACUCUCCGUCCUGCCCGAAGAACGCCACAGCACGUUCGCGUCGAAGGACGAACGAUUAUUCAAGACCGCCUCCGAGGAGCAUUUCCCUACAUUGAAGAUAGAGGACACGUACACCGGCACAACGACAUUGGGUAGACGACGUUCGAGAACCGGGAACUUUCCGCGAGGGAAUCCGAGUAAAUCUCAGCCCCAAGAAUCCUCGGCGCCUAAGACCGGAUUCAACGCGUACACGGAAUUACGGAAGAAUUCGAGCAGGUGCGAACAAGACAGGUUCAGUCUAAAUCCGAGCCAGUUAGAGAGGAUCGACGACCACUUCCAGCAGGAAGACAUGGGUUGCUACAGCUCGUACGACAGCAGCCCGAUGUCCCUUCGAGGGAAUAUCCAUCAGCCCGAUCCCAAUCAGGACAGGAUCGACUUCGUAGGGAAGAUCAACGAGUCCAGGUUUUCCGAAACGUCGUCGUUGAACGUGGAUCUGGAUAUGGUGCCCACGCUUCGAAAUCAUAGAAGGAAUUCGGCGCCGAGCGGCGAGCAGAGACUCUCCUCUCACUAUGUGAGCUCGAACGAAUCGGGGUACGACAGCGACGGACCUAGAGGAGAAUCCGCCGCAGCUUCGGAGAACGAGGGGCUGAGCCUGAAGUGCACGGAUAGCUCGGAUACCAGCAGCGUGGUGGACUCCGAGCUGGAGAAGCCUAUAAGAAGUUCCACGCCGAGCGAGUGCCAAGACCAGGAAAACAACCACGAGUCCAGGACGAAGGAAAACUCCGAGGCCGAUUCCGUUAGAGAGGGGAAUUCCGAGCUGGCCGAUGGCAUCGACGGAUUCAGGUGGCAUCAGAGCAACUCUGGCAGGCUGCUACCCAGCAUUCAUCAAACGUACGACGACGCCGCGAUGAAUUCUCAGUUCCCCGCCUAUAGAAACGGAUUAAAUAGUUUGCAGAGCUCUCCCCCGAAAUCCCUCGAUAUUUCACCGCAUCGUAUGAGACUGCAGCAAGAUAAGUCUAGGUUCCUCAGCGACAUCAUUCAACCGCCGAAGAGGGUCCGACGAUGUCGUCUGGUGCAGUUGCACAAAAGGGAUCCGAAAGAGAGCUUGGGGAUUCGGUUGGCCCAACAGAGAUUAGGGGAACUUCGGUACAUCGUCGUGCAGCUGGAGAGCGACGGUAUAGCGCACAGGGACGGUAGACUGAGACUCGGUGACGAGAUCGUCGAGGUCGAGGGCAAGGAGCUCAGAACUCUGGAGAGCCUAGAGGAGGUCCAAGAUUUCUUGAAAUCCUUUACCGGUAACAAGAUACGUUUAAUUACCGCCUACGAGGAGACAGUGCCGCAGGUGUACGUCAGUCCGCCAACAUUGCUCGGGGAAUACGAAUACCUGGAAAACGCUAAGAAUCUCUCCAGCCUGUCGUUGAUCGACGGUCAAACGAAACAAGGUGCACAGUCGGAAAAGUCCGGCAAGACCACCGAGGAAAACGUCCAGUUAACGAAGAGGCCAGAUUUUCUACCCCUUUCUUGUUUGACCAAGGAACGAAAGAGCGCAGAGAACGGUCUCGAAUCGACAACGGAACCGCAGCAUUACUUGACGAGGCAUAUCGCAAAAUUUGAGAAAGGUUAUGGAAAACCUAGCUUGGGUUUCAGCGUCGUUGGAGGCAGGGACAGUCCCCGUGGUGAAAUGGGGAUUUUUGUCAGAAGGGUUUUCCCUGGAGGUCAAGCCGACGUCUCGAAAUCACUAUUUCAAGGUGACGAAAUAUUAAGUUUGAAUGGGAAGGUUCUGCGUGGUUAUACACACCAAGAAGUUAUCGAAUUGUUUAAGGCGGUAAGGGAGGGUCCUAUUGAGCUAGAGGUCACGAGAAGACACAGGUAUCCAAAAUCUACACAAAAAUCUGCGGCAUGUUGAAAGGUAGGCAACAUGGACGAAACUGCCCACCGGAAGUGCUCUUUCAAUUUAUAAUUCUAAGCGAUCUACCGUUCGCUCCGUACGAAGUUUUAGGAUUCUAGUCUAUCAGAACGAAUCUACGAUCUUUGAUAUUUGUUUCAAUUAAUUUAUUUAUCGCGGUGUCGCAGUUGCGUAGUUUAUUAUGAUGUGGUUAUUAUUAUUAAUAUUAUUAUUAUUACUAUUAUUAUUAUUAUUAUUAAUAUUAUUAUUAUUACUAUUAUUAUUAAUAUUAUUAUUAUUAUUACUGUAAGAUUUUAUACGACUACGUUCAAGCAACGUGAAUCCAUUGUAUGCGAUCAUUUUUUAUUAUAGAGGACAAUAAAGAGGACAUACUUUUAAGGUGCUUUUAAGGAUCUAUUCUGCAAAUGUGUUUUACGCAAUAAACAACGGCAUCGCAUUGAACAAUUGUUAAAUAAUAAUUUUAUUACGAAGAAUCUUUACAAAAUUUACAAUAUGUACAGGUCCUAGAUUCAUUUUUUACAAAAUUUACGGAGUUUUCUUUUUACAAUAUUUCUUCUUGUACAAUAUAAUCCUUCACGUGUCGACGAGUAAAAGGUCUGCGCACGAUUUAGCCUUCGUUGCCCUGAAAUGUAACAUUGCAAGAUAUUUAUAUUCAUUCCUAGGUCCUCUUUUUUUUAACUGAUACUGUAUACGUUAAUGUUUACAAAUAAAAAAGUGUCGUAAAUUUCCCGCUACGAAA